AUGACAUUAAAUCUCUUGAAAACCAGUAGUGUGUACUAUAACAAGUUGUUUGUAGAUCCACCAGCUACGGGAAAUGCUACAGGUUCUAGUGCUGGCGUUACUGGAAGGCAACUGCUGGUUUUGCCAGGCUCAAAAGCGAAAGUUCUAUUAGUAGAUGAAAAUACAACUCCUAUCAUAUCUAUGUGCUACACGCAGUCUCAAUUACUUUCCAAUGAUGUUAUAUUAGUUGAGUUGAUCGAAAAACAGGCGACAUUGAACCCUAUGAAGCACUUGCAGUGUGUAUGUUAUCUUAAGCCAAGUGCGGAGUCAAUUCAAUACUUGAUAAGAGAAUUGAAGAAUCCUCAUUAUAAUUCUUACCAAAUCUUCUUCAAUAAUACUAUAAACAAGGGCCAGAUUGAAAAAUUGGCAGAGUCGGAUGAAUUUGAGUUGGUUCAGCUGGUUGUAGAGAUUUUUCAAGAUUAUUUAAUCAUAAACGACAACUUGUUCACCACGUCACCUUUGAAAUUUCAACAGCAACUAAACGGCGUAGGUGGCAAUGGCAAAUUAGUAGAUGUUUCCUCAAGUGUUGUAAGUCUUUUGUUGCUGGUUAAGAAGUGCCCAGUUAUCAAAUAUGAAACCAAUUCCAAAGAGCUCCGAAAACUCUCGUCAGAGAUUCUUUAUGCCAUAAACUCCAAUUCGAAUAACAAUCUAUUCGAUGACGUCAAUAGUAAACUUGAUACUCCUCCGAUUUUGUUAUUAUUGGACAGAAAGAAUGACCCAAUCACGCCCUUGCUUUCCCCUUGGACGUACCAAUCAAUGAUCCAUGAGUUGAUUGGAAUCCAAAAGAACAUCGUCAAAGUAGGAGAUGAACAGUUGACGCUUUCUGAACAGUCAGACUCAUUUUACAAAGACUCAAUGUAUUUAAACUACGGGGACUUGACCGAUAAAGUCCAAAAAUAUGUUGAGGAAUACAAAACCCAAACAAAGCAGACAUCAACAGAAAAUUUACAAACCAAAAACCUUGCAGAUCUUAAGAAUUUCCUCAUCAAAUUCCCCGAGUUCAAGAAGUUCUCGUCCAACGUAAGCAAACAUCUAAAUUUGGUAAGUGAAUUGGAUAAAAUGAUUAACCAACAACAUCUUUGGGAACUUGGAGAGUUGCAACAAACUAUCGUGGCUGAUUUGGAAUCCCAUUCUUCCAUCAAGUUGAAGAUUCAUCAAAUAUUGGAUAAUUACACACCUCCACAACAACAGCAACCUCAAGUGACUUCUACAUUGAACAAAGUUAAACUUGUUCUUUUAUAUGCGCUAAGAUAUGAGAAUACAAACAAGCCUGAGAAUGAAACCGAUACUUUCAUCAAUAAACUCUCAAACCCAAAUUUAACUAGCCCUCCUCCUACAUUGAGUCAAUUACUAUUGUUAAGAUCUUUUAAGAAGUAUAUAGGAAUCAGCCGUAACCGUACAGAUUCCAGAAGUACCACUUCCUCCAGUAGAAACUCUACGGAUGGGGUGGGAUUGUUCAAUGGUAAAAAGUUCAACCAAUUCUUUAACAAAAGUCUCAAUAAUAAUAGCAACUCUAAUCAACCAGAUAAUAUCUACAUGCAACAUAUUCCAAAGUUGUACGAAACUUUGACUUCCCUUAUACAAGAGCAGCAACUGCCAAAUAACCAUCAGCUGCAAAACACAACCGAUCAACUUACCACCUUAGUUCCUGAAGCUGUGACCCGUCAAUUUGGGAGUGCAACUUCCGAUUCAAUUCAAGAUAUUAUUAUUUACAUUCAAGGAGGAGUGACUUAUGAAGAAGCUAGAUUAAUUCAUGAGUGGAAUAACACAACUAAAAUGAAAUUGAAUAUAAUAAUAGGAGGUGAUACCAUACUAAAUAGUUCCUCAUGGCUAGACAAUUUGUGCGAUCUAGUCAACGCUGCGGAAACGAAUGUUCUGCAAGAAUUGCCAAAUCAUAGGGGUCAACUAAGGGAUUUAUUGUAA